AUGCCUCACCCCGAGCACAAGCGCCGCGGGGCAUCUGCCGAGCCGCCCAAGUACAAGGAGCACAACGUGUGCUGGCCCAAGGGCUCGUACGGCGGCGAGUAUCUGGACUGGCGGCACUACAAGGCCAACGGCGCCAACCUAGGCUCGUGGCUGUGGAAGGAGAAGACACACGAUCCGCUGCUGUGGCGUGCCCAGGAGCCCGCCGCUGCCGCGACGGCUGACGAGUGGAACCUAUGCCUGGCCCUUGGUGACAGGUGCGGCCCCGUCCUCGAGGAGCGGUACGAGUCGUUCCUCAACACCAGCACCAUCGACCAGCUCGCAAGCGUUGGCAUCAACACGCUCCGCAUCCCGACCUCGUACGCCGCUUGGGUCGACGUGCCAGGCUCUGCCCUCUACCAUGGCAACCAGAAGGAGCACCUGCGCCGCAUUGCCAACUACGCCAUUGACAAGUACCAUAUGCACGUCAUUGUUGGCCUCCACUCGUUGCCUGGCGGCGUCAACCCGCUCGACAUUGGUGAAGGGUACGGCCACAUUGGCUGGUUCCAGAACGCCACCAACCUCGACUGGUCCCUCAAGGCCUGGGGCGAGCUUAUCGACUUUGUCGUCACCUCCGACCGGCCCAACUCCUUCUCCAUCUCCCCCAUCAACGAGGCUGCCGACAACAUGCAGAACUUCGGCACCGCCAAGGGUCUCAGCGAGGCCAACACCAAUUGGGUCCUCACCUACAUCGACGCCUGCAUCGAGAUGGUCGAGGAGGUCGACCGCCGCAUCCCCAUCGUGCUACAGGACAGCUUCAAGUCCGUCGGCUUCUGGGAGCCCCUGUUCGACGUGUCCACGAACCUCGUCAUGAGCCCCCACCUGUACUACUUCUCCCAGGAGGAUCUGUACGCCGGCUACGUCAACUACACCAUGUGCGGCACCGCGCAGUGGGUCGGCACCUUCAAGAAGUUCCCCGUCAUGGUCGGCGAGUGGUCCAUCCAGGUGCACUACAACAACACCUUUGCGGACCGCAAGGCCCUCUUCGACACGCAGAAGUACGCCUACAGCCACUACUCGAACGGCGCCACCUUCUGGACCGCCGUGUCCUACGCCGAGGCCGUGGUCUCGGGCGAGGGGACUCAGCGCGACUACUGGAGCUACAUCGACCUCAUCAAUGCCGGUGUGGCCACCAAGCACAUUGACCGGAGCUACUGCUGA